CUAACUUACAAGAGGAAUAACAAGACAGUGGCUGCAAGUUCGUAACAGUUCGCGGCACUAACACUUCUCCUGAAUAUGUCACAAACAGGACCUCCACCCAGAUGGCGGAACUGUCCCAGAAGAGGACAGCCCGUGGCAGGUAAAUUCCUGCCAAUGAAAACAAUGUUGGACGAGACCUACGAUGACCAAGUUGUAGCUGAGCACAGGUUUCACCCGAGCAUGUUGUUCAACUACUUGAGAAGUCUUAAAGUUAAAUUGGGUUUGCUGGUGGAUUUGACCAACACUAAACGCUUUUAUAACCCCAACAACCUGGAAAAAGAAGGCAUCAAAUAUAUGAAACUCCCAUGUAAAGGCCACAAAGAAUGUCCUUCCAAAGACACGACAGCGUCGUUCAUCCGAUUAUGUGAACAUUUCAUGGCGAAGAAUCCAACAGAAUUGAUAGGGGUUCACUGCACACACGGCUUCAACAGGACAGGAUUCCUGAUAUCUGCAUACCUGGUGGAGAAGAUGGACUGGAGCAUCGAAGCGGCUGUGGCAGCAUUUGCCAACGCCCGAGCUCCAGGGAUUUACAAGGGAGACUACCUCAAAGAGCUUUUCCGUCGUUAUGGAGAUGAGGAGGACACACCCCCAGCCCCUGAACUGCCCGACUGGUGCUUCGAAGAUGGAGAUGGGGACGACGGAGAUGACGAUGACGGCAAUGCAGUCGGCCCGCAGUCGGGCCCCAGCUCUUCUGGGUCUGGGCCCGGGAAACGAAAGAAGGAGAAGUUGAAACUGGGUGCAGUGUUCCUUGAAGGCAUCUCAGUGAAAGGUGUCACACAGGUCAUGACGCAACCCAAACUUGGCGAGAUCCAACGAAUGUGUCAGGAGAUGAGCGGCUGGGAUAGGUCUGGUUUUCCUGGUGCUCAGCCCGUGUCCAUGGACAGGCAAAACCUACGCUUCCUCGAGCAGAGUCCAUACAAAGUCAGCUGGAAAGCUGACGGCACACGGUACAUGAUGGUGAUCAACGGCAGAAAUGAAGUGUUCAUGGUCGACAGGGACAACACUGUGUUCCACAUAGCAAACCUAGAGUUUCCUUUCCGCAAGGAUCCACGUGUCCACUUAUCUAACACUCUAAUGGAUGGGGAGAUGAUUAUCGACAAGGUGAAUGGCCAGCCAGUCCCCCGUUAUCUGAUAUACGACAUCAUCAAAUUUAACGGACAGCCUGUCGGCCAGUGUGACUUCAACACCCGCCUGCUGUGCAUAGAAAAGGAAAUCAUUUCACCGCGCAUGGAAAAGAUGAGGAACGGCCAGAUUGACAAAACCAAGGAACCCUUCAGCGUCAGGAAUAAGCCGUUCUUUGAUAUCCAUGCAUCCCGAAAGCUUCUGGAAGGCAGCUUUACGUCCCAGGUCAGCCAUGAGGUUGAUGGACUUAUCUUCCAGCCAUGCGGGCGGUACAAGCCUGGCAGAUGUGAUGACAUUCUGAAGUGGAAGCCCCCAAAUCUGAACUCGGUGGACUUUCGUCUCAAGAUCACCAAAGUGGGAGGAGAGGGGCUGCUCACAAAGACCGUCGGCCUGUUAUAUGUCGGCAACUACAACAGACCCUUCGCCAGCAUGUCGGCCACUAAGGAGCUGAAGGAAUACGACAACAAGAUCAUAGAGUGCACCUUUGCUAACAACAGCUGGGUGUUCAUGAGGCAGAGGGUCGACAAGAGUUUCCCAAACUCCUACGAUACCGCCAUGGCCGUCUGUAAGAGCAUCCAAGAGCCCGUCACCAAGGAGAUACUGUUGGAGUAUGUGGACCGCUUGGGAGUCCAAGCCCAGAACCGUAAACACCCAGCAGACCCUGAUGCGGCACUCAUGCCACCUCCGCCUCCAAAGAGACCCAAUCGGGCGGUACCGUAGUCAACGGCUGCUGCACAGUCGCCGUACACGUCCACACACCACCAGCUACGUCAUCGUCAUCCUCCUCCACCCAACCUGACGCUUCAAGGCUUUUUGACCUUGUGUACAUUUGCUUUAAUAUUCUGUACGUGUAAAGAACUUCACUGACUGCCUCAGCGUCGUUAGCGUAUCUUAGCUCUAACUUGUAGCAUUUUUUUGCUGGUGUUCUUAAGACAUUACAAAAACGAUGUGUUGGGAUUUAUUUUUAUUUUCUUUUUGUUUUUUUUCUAUUUAUCCUUUUUUAAAGUAUGAGCUCAUCGGUAUUUAUCUACAAAGGAUGUCAUCGUGGCUCCAGAAAACACAGAUCUUGCAGACCAUAUUUGAUUUUGUCAAACAUUUCCUCACAUUGUGUUUUUGAAGAAGUAAACAUAAAUGAAACUGUGUUCCUGACCUUGCUGUAUUUAAAAGCAAAUUCAAGUUUGUUUGUUUUUUUAAUGAUGUCUGGGCUGCAUGAGUUGCACUCUUGAUUUGUUUGUUUUCCUAGUGCUGUUGCUAAUGCUCAGUCUCAGGCGCUGCCGAAGGGCCAUUUGUGUGGAGUUCAGUUUUUUUAAGGCCACAUGGGUGACGGCUCGGCUGCUCAGAAAGGUAACCACUGGAGAAUGAAAAACUGUAAAGUCAUUGUAUCUGCCAUGAGAAAAUGAUUUUCGUUUAUUCUGUUUUUCUAGGAAUAGGCAAACAGCUGGAUUUUGAACCCACAGCCUUCCAGCUGUUCCAAAAUUAGAAGAAGAAGAAAAACAAAGUAUUUUCCUAAAUUCUACCAGAGGUUCAUUGGACUCAGUGUCUUGUUAGAAACAAUGACCUGCCCAAACAGAGCACCCUGUUGUUUAUGAAGCUGAGCAUUAAUCAGAGCCCAUUCUUCUGCUAACCCAGACUAUACGUUUUCCUGUCGAGUUUUUGUCCCCACUUCUUCUUUUCAUUUCUUCACUUCUCCUUUUUUUGUCCCCACUUCUUGCACAACAGAGAACCUGCCGAACUUAGCUGAAUACUUUCUGCCCGAUGUGGGAGGAAGGAUUGAUUGCGGAGGCAUGAGACUUGAGAGAAAGAAAUGAACCUUUGCCGUUUAGUUCUAGAACUAGACACAACAGCAACUGAACAUUUCACCAACCACAAGCUGAAAUGUUCAGCAAUGAUCAAUCAGAUGCAAAGUAGAGGCAACGAUGCCUCCACUGUCCUUCCAGCUAAAGUCCCGUCUGUUUAAGGGCAAACUAGCAACUACCAUAAUUCUCCUGUUAUGCAGGAAAAUACAUUUGGAGCAUUUUAAAGUCUUUUUAGAUGAACCAUGUUGGAAUGCAGAAGUUUUGCGGGCUUCAUCGUGCGUACUGGAUCCUCAUUGGUAUUUUGAGUUUGGUAUCAGUGAUAACUGAGAAUGCCAGUAUGCGGGGUCAAGGUUUGAUUUUUGUGAUUAAAAUAAACAGUUGAUGAAGAUCUCUGAAUUUCUAACACAGUGUGCUCUCUUCAGUAGUCACUGUGGACUUUCAUGCUAUUUGUUGUUUUUCUUGGUCAAAACCAUACCUGUGUCUACCUGUGGAUAAAUAGGACGUGAACUGUACCAUUCCCUUGGUGCGAAGAGCAACUACUCAUUAGCAUAAGUUACAUCAGCAGAAUCCCCUGAACAACCGUGUCUGUCUGCUCUGUAACGUCAUGGACUUGUUAACCCUUGACCUUCAUGUUAAUGACCAAACAUGAAGAUGAUUUCCCAUCAGGUUUUUAAACCUUCUUCGCCUUUCCCCACUGGGUGUACCUGUUGCCAGGUAGCAUUUGUUUUGAUUUGAUUUUUCUCUUUCCUGUCCUCUCAUUACCCAGUUGCUAGGAGUGUUGUCUGUGUCUGCGCUGGUUUGCAGUUUGUUGGAAUGAUUUAUUCCUCUGCUUUCACAUGCAGCAGACUUGUUAGAAGAUCUGUCUUCUGUCUCGACCCAGAACUGUCCACACUUUUUGGGGUUGGAAAAAAAUGUUGGCAACUUUUCCUUAUGUAUUUCUAUCAAGAUUUUUUCAGAGAAAACUAAAAAUGCUUCUGUUGUGUUUGUGAUAUAAGUAAAUCCUGGAAAUUCA